GUAUCUAUAUACCCGACAAGAGAAUCUUGUGCAAUCAACGGACGCAUGUGACGGAGAAAGUGCAGUGCUAUACAAGUUGUUUGCAAGCGAAAUAGGUCACGCCGGAUUGAUACAAGAAGAACGCGGAUUCUUUAACAGGUCUGUUGUAUGCGUCGAGAUUGAUUUAGUUGGGCAGAUGUAAUGCUACACUGGAUGUUUUUCCUUGUGAUCAAUUGUCGAUAUGCUGAAGUCUCGAGUCACACCCACUGUGCUUAGGAAGGCUCUGCUUCCUGGAACACAGAGCACAUGUCUGAAAGCCACAGUUGCAAGUCCAAGAUUUGCGGAAGGCGAUGAAGUGCGACCAUUCAAGGAUAUACCAGGGCCACGUGGCAGAUAUGCAAUUCCACACCUUGGGCCAGUGUUUCACAUGAAACCCUUCACAAACUUCACAACGAAUUCUUUCCACAAAUUGCUGGACACACUACAUGACAAGUACGGGAAGAUCUUCCGUGUGGAACUCUUCGGACCGAGCAUCGUGACAGAGAACCCAGAUCAUAUAGAAACCAUCUACAGAAGCGAGGGGAAGUACCCAAAGAGACCCCCACUGAAUAUGUUUGAGACAUACGCCGAACGCAACAACAAAGAACCGGGAAUGGCAAUGGUGAAUGGUACAGAAUGGCAUCGUCUCCGAUCGGCUUCUCAAAAGUAUAUGUUGAGGCAGGCAUCAGCUUCAGUGUACAUCAAGGAACAAAGUGAGGUCGCCGACGACCUUAUAACAAGGAUGUCUACAAUGAAAUAUACACCAGAUGAGUUCAGAGAUGAGAUGUUCAAGUUUGCUACAGAAAGUAUUGGGGUUGUCGCCUUCAACAAACGACUUGGCUUCAUGGAUACUAAAGGGGAACCAUUAUCACCAGACAAUAUAGUUUACCUGGAGGCAAUAAAAACUUUUUUCGAAUGCCUGCUGAAGGACGUGGGACCUCCCGUGUACAGGAUCGUCCCCACUAAGUUGUACAGAAACUUCGAGAAGGUGGCCAACCAGGCAUAUGGGUAUGGACGUGUACACAUAAAGGAAGUUCUGGAAAGAGUGGACCGUCAGAUGACUGAUGGAACGUUUGACCCUGAGGAGCCCAAUCUGAUUUUACAGCUACGAGCGAGCCCGAAGACAACCGACAAAAGCGUGGAUGCCAUUUUGCUAGAUCUGUUAACAGGUGGAACAGAUUCAACUGCAAAGAACAUGGAAAAUUUGCUUCUGAACCUGGCACUGAACCAAGACAAACAACACAACUUGUAUAAAGAAAUCGUGGACGUUAUUGGACCAAAAGGACACGAGCAAAGUGCUGGCCACAUGUCCAACAUGCCUUACUUCAGAGCAUGUAUGAAAGAAUCAUUCAGGGUUCUCUUCCCUGUUACAUUCGGUUCUAUUAGAGAGCUUCCAGAGGAUAUCGUACUUGAUGGUUACUUGGUGCCAAAAGGGACCUGUGCCUUCGCGAACAACCGCCGUCUUCUCCUCAAUAGCGAGUAUUUUGAGAACCCCAAACAGUUUCUGCCAGAGCGGUGGCUGAGAGAUGACUCCACUCUCAAACGGGAAAAAGAAUAUCCAGCCUUUGCCUUCUUGCCCUUCGGGUUUGGUCUCCGGAACUGCCUGGGAAGACGCUUUGCUGAACAAGAGCUCUGGCUGGGUGUCACAAAAAUAAUCCAGAACUUCGCUAUUGAAGAACAUGAGGAGGAAAACAACUUCGAGAUGAUUUACACCACAUUUGGUCAAGUGAAGACACUACCUAAGUUUAUUUUUACUCCAAGAUAAAGGAGAUAAAUGUAGGGUUCCCGUCUCGUUUAUCUUCAUCACCAUCUUCAUCAUUUAAUACAUGUCAUUGCAGGGGUUUUCACUUUCAUACAGAGGCUGUUCUCUAAUCCUAUGCUAUCAAUUUGUUGAUAAGUGCGAAGGGGCGGUAGGGUAGUCAAGUGGUUAAUGCGUUCGCUCAUCACGCCGACAACUCCCCACAUGGGUACAAUGUGUGAAGCCCAUUUCUGGUGUCCCCAGCUGUGAUAUUGCUGGAAUAUUGCCAAAAAGAGCGUAAAGCCACACUCAGUACUAUGUGUGAAGCCCAUUGGUGUCCCCAGCUGUGAUAUUGCUGGAAUAUUGCCAAAAAGAGCGUAAAGCCACACUCACUUUGUAACCUUGUCUACUAUUUGUAAUAAAGAAUUACUGAUAGACAAGCAAAUCCGAGCUUCAUUAUAGAUUAGAUAGGUAUAACUGUUAAUGUAUUCAUGUACAUUCUGUUUAUGUGAAUAUGUGUCAUGUAUAAAACUGUACUUGAACUCUAGAAGAAGAGGACGGUCGAAGUGGUAGAGAAUCACGGGACACGGGACAAUGUGUCCCCAGUCCCGGUCCCACUCUUGGUGGACGCCUACCAGUGUCCCUCAAUGAAGGAUACAUACUUCCACUGGGACUCACGUUCACUUAUGUACGACCCAAACAACCCAUAAGUAACAUAGUAACGUUGUAAUAACGUUUGUAUGUUUUUGGUUAAAUCCAAUUGUAUAAUGUGAACUUCGUAAUUUGCCCGUCACCACCCACCACUCAAACGUGUGCACAGAAAAAAAAGUUUUGUUCGUAUUUUUUUGUAGAAAACUACUCGGAUAAUCUUUUAGACAUAAAUUACUUUAGAAAAAUAAAAAAGAGGCAAUAAAUGUUACUCGUUUUACAUUUUACAUCUUAUUCAACUUUAGCUGUAUUAAAUAAAGUUUUAAUGUAUUAUUGUUACCCAAUCCAAUGCUACAACCAUACUCUAGUUUAGUAUAUUGUAUAUGUUGUCGGUUUUGUCGAUAAUGUAACAUAUUUUGUCUUAAAUUUACUUGUACAUUUCCAGUGUGGCCAAAACAUUUGCGGACGUCAAUAAACUUGUAAUUAAGCUUU